UUCAAUUCCGUUAUUACUUCCUUUCUCUGUUAUUUGUUAUUAAUUUAAUUAGUUAAUUAGUCAUAAUUGUCGAUGAAAAUAAUAAAUGUGUGAAUCAUUUAUCUCAUGUAAUUAUAUAUUAUUAUAGAUUAUAGAUGAAGUCAUAUAAAUACAGCUAUUCUCUCAAGGAUCAACCAACCAACCAAUAUAUUUUCUCUAUAGUUUUACAAUAAAUAAGACUGAGAAUCAUAGAGUUAAUUACCAAAAAAAAUAGAUAUUAUGGAUCCAAGAGAGCUUCAAAUUGAAGCCAAUUCGGAUCCUAACUCUGAUACUCACGUUUAUCAUCUUGCUUUGGAUAUUGGAGGAUCUCUUAACAAGCUAGUAUACUUCACAAAAGACGACGAUCAUUCCGAUGACGGUGAGGUGGGUAUAUCUCCUAGAAAUACUUUGGAGAAAUCAAAAGCCAGUAGGAACCAUCCUGUUCUUAAAGGAAAGCUCAAUUUUAAGAAGUUUGAAACAAGCAAGAUAAAUGAUUGUAUAGAUUUUAUCAAGACCAUGAAACUUCAUCUUGGAGAUAGACAGCAGCAAGAAAGUCCUGGAAAUCAUCCAAUAUCUAUUAAGGCCACAGGUGGCGGUUCGUACAAAUAUGCAGACCUUUUCAUGGAAAGGCUAGGGAUAACUCUUGACAAGGAAGAUGAAAUGGAUUGUCUUGUUGCAGGAGCAAAUUUUCUUCUCGAGGUGGUCGACCGGGAAGCCUUCACCUACAUGGCUGAUCAUAAGCAAUUUGUGCACAUUGAUAAAAAUGAUUUGUAUCCCUAUCUUCUUGUUAAUAUUGGAUCUGGUGUUGGCAUGAUCAAGGUUGAGGGAGACGGAGAGUUUGAGCGAGUUAGUGGAACGAGUAUAGGUGGAGGCACUUUCUGGGGUUUAGGAAAGCUUUUAACUAAAUGCAAAAGUUUUGAUGAGUUGCUGGAAUUAAGUUAUCAGGGAAACAACAGAGCGAUAGAUAUGCUCGUCGGAGAUAUUUAUGGUGGAAUGGAUUAUUCAAAGAUAGGUCUUUCAUCAACCGCAAUAGCCUCUAGUUUUGGAAAGACAGUUUCUGAUAAAAAGGAGCGUGAAGAUUACAAACCCGAAGAUAUUGCUCGAUCUCUUCUAAGAAUGAUCUCAAAUAAUAUUGGACAGAUCUCUUACUUAAAUGCCCUUCGAUUCGGGCUGAAGAGGAUUUUCUUUGGUGGGUUUUUUAUUCGGAGGCAUCCUUUUACAAUGGAUACACUAUCUGUCGCUGUUAAUUUCUGGUCUAAAGGUGAGGCGAAAGCAAUGUUCUUGCGGCAUGAAGGAUUUCUUGGAGCUGUGGGUGCCUUCAUGAGUUCUGAUAAACAUGGACUCAAGGAAUUAUUGAUCAAACAAGUGGCACAACAAAGUCCUACCAAGUUAUCUUUUUCUGUUGAUAAAAUACGUAGUCCAUUGGAUGGAGAGUUAAAUGGAGAUGAAAGUAUAGAAUGCAGUGUAUAUGCAGCUUAGUUGAAGCAAUCAGUGGUUUCUUGCAUUAUUAGUAGUUGUAAACUUAGUUUGAUUAUGCAAAAUAGUCAUAGUGUCAACUUUAAAUUAAAGGAAAUAAAGAAAAUCAUGAUGUCCAUUUAAGUCCAUGAAUAGUAUUGUUUAUACUUUCACUCUGAGGCAUCAUUAUUAUAUUGUACAACAGCUAAUAAUUUUAAAGAAUACAUAAACCCAAACCUUGUUGCUCAUUUAGUGAGAUCUCUUUUGUUA